AUGACACUGAUAUCCUUAAUCUUCAAGACUAUCUGGGGUCUUUUCACUCCUGCUGAAGAACCAGUUCCUAUUGUUGAAUCUGGUUCUGACGCUGAUAUUCAAACUACCGAAAUCCCUUCCCUCAGAUCCAAACUCAGAAGUUUCUUUUACAAAUCUAAAAGAAAUUCCCCAAAUGAAAACCCUUCUGACGUUUCUUCCAUUCCAUCAAACUUCACUCCUGAUCUCCAAGAAACCUCCACUUUAAAAUCCGUUCCUUCUGACCACAAACACAAACACCAUUUUUCUAAAUUAAGCAAUUGGUUUAGAAAAAGGAGCAGAGAAAAUUCUAGUGAUAUUGCUACCAGUAAUGAACAAGAUUCCUCAUAUAUCCCAAGUUUACCUCAAAGUUCCACUGAUCAAAAUGUUACUUCAUCCCAAUUUAUCCAAUCUCAAUUUGGUUUGGUUUCCGAAAUGUCGGGUAAUUUGAAGAAAACCAAAGCUUUAUUGGCCUGGAAGAACUUAAAAACAACUGAAAGAAAAAUAUUGGACAAAUAUUGCCUUGAAUGUUGUCAAACCCCUCGUCGUGAAACAACUAUCAAAAAGCUUCAAGAACAGUUACAAGUACUUGAAGUUAGAUUAUUUGAAGCUGAGAACCAGUAUGGUGAAAGAAUUCCAGAUGAUAUUAGAAAUUCCAUGAAUGAGUUUGCUGUUUCAACGCGUGACAUCUGCGGAAAGUUAGUUAAUAACACUGAUACUUUUGUGGCAAGCUUGAAUAAAGAAUCUCCCACCUUGUCAUCAAAGAUCAAUUCAGCCUCAGCCAAGUCUAGACAAGAAAGUAUCAGCCUGACCAUUUUCCAAAUGCUUAAUCAAGAAAUACCAAAAUUCAAAGCCGAUUCCGAAAAUCAUAAUGCCACUCCAGAAAUCAUCGAAACCAGUAGCAUCUAUAAUUCCUUAACCAAUUUACUCACUGGAAAGCAUUGUCUUCACUCACAAGUUGCUUCAUCCCAUAUACAUAAUGUUGCUCCUAAAUGCAUUCAACUGAGUAGUGUGUAUGGAUCCUUACUCACUAUGAGAAUGUCUUCUUGUUCACAAGAAGCUAAUGCUUCUGGAAUUAUCCACCUGGAUAUUAUCACUUAUAAUGGAGGGUUAGUUCCUGGAAGUAUUGUCCAUGAAUCUACUAGAACCAAUCCUGAAAUUUCAUUCAGCAACCAAUCUGAGUCAACAAUCUUGUUGCGUGCUCCAUGGCAGUAUGAAAACUUCAACUGGCCCCAUCUUAAGGAUGGAAGUGCCUCCAAGUUCUUGGACAAAAGAAACAAGGAAGUUAUUGUUAAAAUACAAAGAGAGCUUGAAGAAGACAAGAGACGCAUAUUAAGAAAUCAAGAGAGAAAGGAAAUAAAGAGAAUGGAACACGAAAACCUGCUCAGAGAGUAUGAAGAUUACAACUCCCUUGAUCUUUAUAUUAACCAAAGUGAUUCAGAAGAUUCAGAAAAAGAACGCAUUAGAUCUCGUCCUGUUACUCGUUCUGAUACCUAUUCUGACCUAGUACACAAGAGCAAACAACGCAGGGAAAAGUUUAGAAAGGAUAUCAUUCAAAAGUGUGCUGGCAGUGCUCUUAUAUGUCCUAACACCACAAGACCACUUUACUGA